ACUACCAGUCUAUGUUUCAGCAGUCGCGCGGCGGUUUUCGAGGUGUUUGCGUGCGCGCGUAAUUUGUUCAAUUACUCGGAAGGUUACGAAUAUAGUACCCGAAAAUGCAGCGUUCCGUUCAACAAGCAAAUGGAGAUGGUGUUCUUGCAUCACCGCGGAAAAAGCAACGUGUAUCGAAUACUAACACAGCUAAAGUUACUGUUGUUCUUGGAGCACAAUGGGGUGACGAAGGUAAAGGCAAGGUCGUCGAUAUGCUUGCUAUGGAUGCUGACGUCGUCUGCAGGUGUCAGGGAGGAAGCAAUGCCGGGCAUACAGUAGUAGUAGACGGUGCGGAGUUCCACUUCCAUCUUCUACCCAGUGGAAUAAUCAAUCCUAGAUGCACUUCGCUUAUAGGAAACGGAGUAGUAAUACACCUACCGGGUCUUUUUGAGGAAUUAGAAAGCAAUGAAGCGAAAGGUUUAAAAAAUUGGCAGGAGCGAUUGAUAAUCUCUGAUCGUGCGCACAUAGUAUUUGAUUUUCAUCAGCAAGUCGAUGGCCUCCAAGAAUUAGAAAAAGGUACACAGUCCCUGGGUACUACUAAAAAAGGAAUUGGUCCAACGUACUCGAGCAAAGCUGCUAGAAAUGGACUUAGAAUCGGUGAUCUUCUUGGCGACUUCGACAAAUUCUCCCAAAAGUUUGAUGCGCUGAUUACCUCGUAUCAAAAAAUGUUUCCAGCACUUCAGGUCGACGUGAAAGCAGAGCUUCAGCGGUAUAAAGACUAUGCAGAAAGAAUAAGACCACUGGUGAAAGAAACAGUUCAGUAUUUACACCAAGCAUUACGCGAAGGAAAGAAAGUAUUAGUAGAAGGUGCAAAUGCUGCGAUGUUAGACAUCGACUUUGGUACAUAUCCCUAUGUUACGAGUUCUAACUGCAGUAUAGGUGGUGUUUGUACCGGUCUUGGAUUAUCACCGUCUUAUAUCGGAGAAGUUGUCGGUGUUGUUAAAGCGUAUACCACAAGAGUUGGUGAUGGUCCAUUUCCUACUGAACUUUUGAAUGCUACAGGCGAACUUUUACAAAAAAGAGGACACGAAUUUGGUGUUACGACAAAUAGAAAGAGACGUUGUGGUUGGCUAGAUUUAACUCUUCUUAAAUUCACCGCCUUGGUGAAUGGAUAUACGUCAAUAUGUCUUACGAAAUUAGAUAUUCUAGAUACGCUUCCAAAAAUUCAAGUCGGUAUAGGAUAUCGGUUAAAUGGAAAAGAAAUUGACUAUUUUCCAAGUAGCACUUCUGAUUUAGCAAAAGUAGAAGUAAUUUACGAAACUCUCGAUGGUUGGGAGUCAGAAACAGAGGGUGUACGUUCCUUGGAGAAGCUACCUCCUAAUGCAAAAAAAUAUAUACAAUUAAUAGAAGAACAUCUUGGCGUGCCAGUUAAAUGGAUUGGAGUGGGAGCAGGCCGAGAAAGUGUAAUUACACUUUGACGUUACACAUAUUGGUUACAACCAUGGAAAUAUAUUUAUUUGUGUAGGAUCAAUGGAUUGGACGAACGAACGUGUGAAGACUUUAUUAAAUAAAAUGAAUAUACUUAA